CACACUAACACGUCAACCUAAAACCCUCUCCUCCUCCUCCCCCCCCCCCCUGCCACCCUCUCUCCAAUUACCGCCGCCGUCGCCAUGUCUUCAUCUGGGUUUCGCCCCUCUGGACGAGAAGUCUCUGAGGGAGUACAUAAAGGCCGCGCCGUCUCUCUCCUCUAGGGUCGCCGACCAGAUUGAUGAUUUGAAGAUCAAAGAGGUCGGAGACGGCAAUCUCAACUUCGUUUACAUCGUCGUUGGCUCCGCCGGUUCGUUUGUUGUCAAACAGGCUCUUCCAUACAUACGUUGUAUUGGGGAAUCAUGGUCGAUGACGAAGGAACGUGCAUAUUUUGAGUUCCUCACAUUGAAAGAGCACGCUCAUUUGUGCCCUGAUCAUGUUCCAGAAAUCUAUCAUUUUGACCGUGAAAUGGCUUUGAUUGGCAUGCGGUACUUAGAGCCUCCUCAUAUUAUCCUGAGAAAAGGCCUGAUAGCUGGAAUUGAAUAUCCCUUGCUUGCAGAACACAUGUCAGAAUAUAUGGCAAGGACCCUUUUCAAAACAUCCCUUUUAUACCAUUCCACUACGGAGCACAAGCGUUGGGUUUCUGAAUUUUGCGGGAAUGUGGAAUUAUGCAGGCUCACUGAGCAGGUCAUUUUCUCUGAUCCUUACAAGGAGUCUGAGCAUAACCGGUGGACUUCCCCUUAUCUUGAUCGAGAAGCAUUGGCUGUCCGCGAGGACAAUGUUUUGAAGCUUGAGGUUGCUGAAUUGAAAUCCAUGUUUUGUGAGAGAGCCCAAGCCUUAAUACAUGGAGAUCUCCACACUGGCUCCGUUAUGGUCACUACUGAUUCAACUCAGGUUAUUGAUCCAGAAUUUUCUUUUUAUGGACCAAUGGGUUUUGAUAUAGGAGCCUUCCUAGGGAACUUGAUCUUGGCUUUCUUUGCACAAGAUGGACAUGCAGAUCUGGGGAAUGACCGUAAGGCAUACAAAGAUUGGAUUCUACAAACAAUAGAAAAGACUUGGAAUCUUUUCUACAAAAGAUUCACUGCACUCUGGGAUGAACACAAGGAUGGCUCCGGGGAGGCAUAUCUUCCUGCAGUUUAUAACAAUCCUGAUCUCCAGCUUCUUGUGCAGAAGAAAUUAAUGAAAGAUUUGUUCCAUGAUUCUCUUGGAUUUGGUGCUGCUAAAAUGAUAAGGAGGAUUGUUGGGGUUGCCCAUGUUGCGUUAUGA